GCUUCAGCUGAGUUCAGACACUCACUGAAGUUUCCUCUGAGUUGUAUUUCCUGCUGAAAAAAAAAGCAACAUGUUUGGACGAUGUUCUGUGCUGCUGCUCUGCGCCUUCGCUGCUGUUUCUCUCGCAGCUCCACUCCAAACGAGCUCUCCAGAAGAUGAGAGAAGAGCAGCUCUGGUGGCCCACCUCAACGAGGAAACUACAGAUAACCCUGUGACCUCAAAGCCAGGCUCAGAUGAAACAACUAAGAUGCCAGCUGAGUCAGAUGAAAAUGAGUCAGAUGAAACCGAAACAGUUGCGCCCAAGACUGAAGCUGAAUUAUUGGAAACUGAUGCUUCUUUGACUGACAACAGUCAAGCUUCAGAGUCUUCUGAGGACAUUUCAGUUGAGCUGAAUGAAAAUGAUGCAGAUUCUUCUGUCACUGAGAGCAACGAAGCUCCCACAGAGUCCAACAAGGGAACAGAGUCACCUAAUCAGUCUGGUUCGGUGGAGACUGAGGAAGUACUGAACAGCUCUGAAGAUGACGGCUCAGACUCUGCCAGUAAAAACGUCUCAGAAUCAGAUGAAACUGAUGAGCCCAUUGAGAGUGACAGUGAACAGACAGAGGAGUCUGAAAAAGACGCUUCUGAUGGCAUCAACGUCAAAAUGUCUGGGGGUAAAAGUGGAGGUGAUUCUGGGGACGACUCUGAGGAUAUGUCUAAAGCUCUCAUGGAAGAGCUCGACAGCGAGAUUUCAGAGGACAAAUCAGAAAACUCCAACAGUGACGCAUCAGAGGACCCAACUGAAGACUCCAACAGUGACAUGUCCGAGGAAACAACUGAAGCUCCUUCUGACAACACAAGCAGCGAGAAUUCUGCAGCCAAAACUGAAGAUGAUCCUGUGGAGAGCACCGUUAACACACCAGUGGAAAGCUCUGAAGACGACACCAGCUUUGAGGAAAGUGAAGAUGUAAGUGAGGAGAUAUCCCCUGAAAGUGAUUCUGCAACCGAUGGCCCGACUGACGAUGUUGAAGACUCUAGGCAGAGUGCCAGUGAGACUCCAGUUGAUGAAAACAACAAGGGCUCCGAUAAAGUCACUGACGAUGACUCGAGUGAUGAGACCUUAACUGUUGAUGAUGAUGAUGAUGACGAUAAAGAUGAUGAUGAUGAUGAUGAUGAUGAUAAUGAUGAUAAUGAUGAUGAGGCUGAGGCAAUAAAGGAGAAAUCAGACGAGGAGGAUGAGGAGGAGGUCAAGGAGGAGGACAAGGAGGAUGACAAGGAGGAUGACAAGGAGGAGGACGAGAAGGAGGUCAAGGAGGAGGACAAGGAGGAUGACAAGGAGGAGGACGAGGAGGAAGUGACUCCGGAUGAAAGCAAUGAUGAAGACCAAACUGGCAGUGAGUCCCUGAGUGAUGAACAAAGUGAGAGUAGUCAAGCUGGCAGUGAUACUAAGAAAGACGACGAUGAGCUUGACAAGCCCGACUCUGCGACCACCGAGGAGGAUAUUUUUGAAGAUGACUCGGAAACCGAAGACUCCCAAAACCUGAGUCAACAGCUGUUUGACUCCACUGAAGCACCAACUUCAGACGUGGACCAAAAUGAUGACUCCACUCCCACAGCAGCGAUUUAGAUGGCCAGUCUCUGAACCAUGGAAGCUCUCUAAUGCCAGAACGAACCUCCCCGCCCCUGCGGUGAAUUACUGCCAUGACAACAACAAGCUAAACUGCAACUAAACUCAGCUGUCUCUUUGUUUUUGUUUUUCUUCUCCUCGUUGUGUUUCUUUUUGAUUUGAGGCUGCUUUUUUCCCCUAAAAUGAUAUGAGGAAAUGUUUGCCUUCCCCUGUGUCUUCUCCAUGCAUUUUCUCUGAGGUGUCCUUUAAUUUUAGCUCAUUUUCCUACCUGUCUUUCUGCAGAAAUAUUAAACCAACUGCUGAUCUCAGAACUGCUCUGUGUGCCUGAUUUCACAUAUUAAUGUGUAAAUACAGUCCAGCGUUUACUUUACAAACAUUAAUGAUUAUUUUUACAAGAAAUUGAAGUAUGUCCAGUCCUUCACUGUACACAGGAAAUGGCUAAUAAAGUGUGAACUGUCAGAAACUG